UGGUCAAUAUCUUCAUAACUUUAAUAUUGGUUUACAGACGUAAUAAUCUUUGCUAUUUGGUAAUCUUUAGGGAAUUUUUACUACAGUUCUGUGGACGCAUAAAAAAGAUAUAAUAGGGAGACUUUAACGAGUGUACAUGUAUAGUUUACGAAAUGAGAUAUUUCAAAUUUGCAUCGUGCAUUUUGAGCGCUACACUAUUUUCGCAAAUUUCAACAAGACAUCUUUCAAAAGAUGGCAAAUUAUUCUACGUUAGUGAACCAGCCAAGAAAUUAGAUCACGUGACUUCGAAAGAAGAGUGUAUCUCACAUUCCGGAAGUCUCCUUCACGCAGACGCAUUGACAACCGGAACUAAAUUUCAAGACAUUGAAAACUUUAAUCUUUCAGCAAACACUUCUUAUUGGUUAGAAGGAUCGGCUCCUUACCUAACAAACUCGUGCCUAUUGCUGUCCAACACGAGCACAGUGAUGGCAGCUGGAUGUGCUCAACUCCAUGGUUACAUCUGCGAACUAAGUCUCGGGUUUACACCCACCAUGUCAGCCACGAAGUUAUCUCACAUCCCGUUAUCUAGUAUAUUCGAGACAACCUCAGCUCCAGUAAUAUCCAAAGGAAAUCUACCGGCCUUUACGAUUCAGCCCUCAUUCUUCUCCUCCGUCCAACAUCCACAUUUACUUACAUCGCUAAAUUUUGUAUCUGGUGCUGAAUCGAUUUCUUUAACACUACAAAAGUCGUUUACAUCAAUAACUUACAGUAAUAUUUCACCAACGAAAGUCCAAACAAUUUUUGAACAUAGUUUACACGACAACACGUCAACAGUAAGCCAACACGGACCAUAUCCGGACACGACAGCUUCAACUUCCGGUGACAAAUCGACUAUACAACACCACAAUUGUAGCGUUUACUGUUUGAAACUUUUUUCAUCACUGACCGUUGCGGAGUUGAUCAGAAUUAUGAGGAACGUGUCUAUCUCGGAUACUAUUGUAAACAGUGGUCAGCUAAAUGAAUCACUCGUGGUGAACGCUAAAGAGACUGGUCGAGCAAAGAGGAAGCUUACAAGUGCGGCGGAUUCGCGUUAUUCGUCCAAGGCAAUCGGAGGUCUAGCCGUGGUUAUAAUAACACUUGUUCCUGUUUGUUUCAUUUUGAUUGAUCUCCCGAAUCUUCUGAGACAUUUGAAAUACUUCAAGUCAAAACAAAAAAGAUAGAUUACAAAAAGGCUUUGAAAGCUUAAAUAAAGUAUUAAAGAAAAGAAAGAAUGGUAAUUUUGUGUAAGAACGCUAGUUAAUAAGGACAACAGUGGGCCAUGGAAAUUAAGUUAAACUAGGUUUAUUUUGAAUUACAUGUUAUAAAUGGAUUUUGCUGUUUCCAAACUGAUUGUUAAGAAAAUUUUCCAUCCGCUAAAUCAGUCG